AUGCGGGUGUUUGGAGGAUUUGGAGUGUUAAAGGGAGGAGGAGGACCGCGGGUCGGGACUUUGACUCAUCCUCCGCGCUUUAGAACUUUUGAUUCUCCCCGCCACUUUCCCCUCCUUCUCCCCCCACCAACCUCUUUUUUCUCCAGGAUGGCUUCCGAUACUAGUCGUCCCGAGUGGACUGCUCCUCGGGUCAGAGAGACUUUUCUUGACUAUUUCAAGCAAAAUGGCCAUACUUUUGUCCCGUCGUCGCCCGUCGCUCCCUUGUCGGACCCUACCCUGCUUUUCACCAAUGCUGGAAUGAAUCAGUACAAGUCCAUUUUCCUCGGUACCGUGGACCCGUCGUCAGACUUUGCCAAGUUGCGACGCGCAGUGAAUUCUCAGAAGUGUAUUCGUGCCGGUGGUAAACACAAUGAUCUCGACGAUGUCGGCAAGGACAGCUAUCACCACACUUUCUUCGAAAUGCUCGGAAACUGGAGUUUCGGCGACUACUUCAAGAAGGAGGCAAUUACUUAUUCGUGGUCUCUUCUCACCGAAGUUUACGGGCUGAACCCCGAUCGUCUCUACGUGACCUAUUUCGAGGGUGACGAGGCUGGUGGUCUCGAGCCCGAUCUCGAGGCCAGGGAUCUGUGGAAGUCCGUGGGUGUCCCGGAAUCCCACAUUCUCCCGGGCAACAUGAAGGACAAUUUCUGGGAGAUGGGUGACCAAGGCCCGUGUGGACCCUGCAGUGAGGUGCAUUAUGAUCGCAUCGGUGGCCGCAACGCUGCGUCCCUGGUGAACCAGGAUGACCCGAACGUGCUGGAGAUCUGGAACAACGUGUUCAUCCAGUACAACCGCGAGGCAGACCGCUCCUUGAGGUCCCUCCCUAACAAGCACGUCGAUACCGGCAUGGGCUUUGAACGACUGGUGUCCAUUCUCCAAGACAAGUCCUCCAACUACGACACGGACGUUUUCACCCCCAUCUUCCAGGCUAUUCAGAACGCGACCGGCGCCCGCGAAUACCGCGGUCGUUUUGGCGCCGACGACCCCGACGGAAUCGACACUGCGUACCGUGUGGUGGCUGACCACGUGCGCACCUUGAUGUUUGCCAUCUCCGACGGAGUAGUUCCUAACAACGAAGGCCGUGGCUACGUGAUCCGUCGGGUGCUGCGUCGUGGAGCCCGAUUUGCGCGCAAAUACUUCCAGGUCGACAUCGGCAACUUCUUCUCGAAGCUUGUCCCCACAGUCGUGGGUCAGCUCGGUGACAUGUUCCCGGAGCUGAUUAAGAAACAGCACGAUGUGAUGGAGAUUCUGGACGAAGAGGAACUGUCCUUUGCCAAGACUCUGGAUCGUGGCGAGCGUCAGUUCGAGCAGUACGCUCAGCAUGCUAAGCUGAAGGGUUCUGACAAGCUUCACGGUGCGGAUGUGUGGAGACUGUACGAUACGUUCGGUUUCCCGGUCGACCUGACCCAGAUUAUGGCGGAAGAACGCGGUCUUCGUAUCGACGACGUUGAGUUUGAAGAAGCACGAUUGAAGGCGAAGGAAGCCAGUAAAGGCCAGAAGAAGGCCGCCGCAAAUGUGGUGAAGCUUGAUGUCCAUGAUCUCGGAAAGCUGGAGAAGAUGAGCGACGUGCACAAGACGGACGACUCUGCCAAGUUUGGAAGGGGUAACAUCACGGCUCAUAUCAAGGCCAUCUACCAUGGCAAGUCCUUCUACGAGAGCACCGACAAGGCACCCAGUGGCGAACAACUUGGUGUCAUUCUCGACUGCACCAACUUUUACGCCGAGCAGGGUGGUCAAGAGGCCGACACUGGUCGCAUUGUCAUUGAUGGCCAGGCUGAGUUGGAGGUCGGUGACGUCCAAGUCUACGCUGGUUACGUCCUGCACACUGGCUUCAUGAAGUAUGGAUCGCUCUCCGUGGGUGAUGCCGUCAUCUGUGAAUAUGAUGAACUUCGUCGAUGGCCUAUUCGGAACAACCACACUGGUACCCACAUUCUGAACUUUGCCCUCCGCGAGGUCCUCGGAGAUGGCGUUGAGCAAAAGGGUUCCCUUGUUUCGGCCGAAAAGCUUCGCUUUGACUUUUCUCACAAGGCUGCGGUGUCCGAUGCUGACCUGGAGACCAUCGAGACCAAGGCCACCGAAUACAUCCGACAGAACUGUGCUGUCUACUCCAAGGAGCUCCCUCUUGCCACCGCCCAGCAGAUCUCCGGUGUCCGCGCAGUCUUUGGUGAGACGUACCCGGAUCCUGUUCGGGUCGUGUCCGUUGGUGUUGACUUGGAAGACAUCCUGCGGAACGUCAAGGACCCCCGGUGGGAAAAAGUCAGCAUUGAGUUCUGUGGUGGAACCCACGUCCAGAAGACCGGUGAUAUUAAGGACAUGAUCAUCCUGGAAGAGAGUGGUAUCGCUAAGGGUAUUCGUCGUAUCAUCGCUGUCACUGGCGAAGAAGCCCAUGAGGUGCAGCGAAUUGCUCAAGAGUUCGAGGCACGCCUUGACAAGCUUGAUGCCAUGCCCCUCGGUCCUGAAAAGGAGCGAGAGUCCAAGCAGGUGCAGGUUGAUCUCAACCAGCUCGUCAUCUCUGCGGUCCGCAAGGCCCAAUUCCGCACCCGCUAUACCGCGAUCAACAAGCAGGUCCUGGAUGGCCAGAAAGCCCAGCAGAAGUUGGAAUCUAAGAUGGCCCUGGAAGCCAUCACGUCCUACUUCGAGGCCCCGGAGAACCAGAACUCCUCCUCUCUGGUUGUGAAGCUUCCGAUGCCCGCAAGUGCCAAGGCCGUUAGCGAAUCUAUCAACCAUGUCAAAUCGAAAAUGCAAAACAAGAAUGUCUACGUGAUGGCAGUUGACCCCGAGAAUACCCGGGUUUCUCAUGGUUGCUAUGUCUCCAAGGAGCUUGGAGAGCUAGGCGGAUCUGCAAGCGAUUGGGCCGCCGUUGUUUCCAGCAGCAUUGGUGGAAAGGCUGGCGGCAAGGGCGCGACUUCGAUCGGUAACGGCACGAACCCGGAUAAGGUUGAUGAAGCUGUUUCGCUCGCAACUGAGUACUUGAGCAAAUUCAAGCUAUAG